UUCCUUUGUUCGGUCUAUGUCCCGAUGUGCACGGAGAAGAUUAACAUCCCCAUAGGUCCCUGCGGUGGCAUGUGCCUCUCUGUCAAAAGGAGAUGUGAACCCGUUUUAAAAGAAUUUGGCUUUGCCUGGCCAGACAGCCUAAACUGCAGCAAAUUCCCACCCCAGAACGAUCACAACCACAUGUGCAUGGAGGGUCCAGGGGAUGAAGAGGUUCCCCUUCACAGCAAGACCUCCUUGCAGCCUGGAGAAGAGUGCCACAGCAUGGGAUCUAACUCGGAUCAGUACAUCUGGGUGAAGAGAAGCUUGAACUGUGUCCUGAAGUGUGGCUACGACGCCGGUCUCUACAGCAGGUCAGCUAAGGAAUUCACGGAUAUCUGGAUGGCUGUGUGGGCCAGUCUUUGCUUCAUCUCAACUGCCUUUACAGUCCUGACCUUCCUGAUUGAUUCAUCCAGAUUUUCCUACCCGGAGCGCCCAAUCAUAUUUUUGAGCAUGUGCUACAAUAUUUAUAGCAUUGCUUAUAUUGUGAGGCUAACUGUGGGCCGGGAAAGGAUAUCCUGUGAUUUUGAAGAGGCAGCAGAACCUGUUCUUAUCCAAGAAGGUCUUAAGAACACAGGAUGUGCUAUAAUUUUCUUGCUGAUGUAUUUUUUCGGGAUGGCUAGCUCCAUCUGGUGGGUUAUUCUCACAUUGACAUGGUUUCUGGCUGCAGGACUCAAGUGGGGCCAUGAAGCUAUAGAAAUGCACAGUUCUUAUUUCCAUAUUGCAGCCUGGGCUAUCCCCGCAGUGAAGACCAUCGUUAUUUUGAUUAUGAGACUAGUAGACGCAGAUGAGCUCACCGGUCUGUGCUACGUUGGGAACCAGAACCUAGAUGCUUUGACGGGCUUUGUCGUCGCUCCGCUUUUUACCUACCUGGUCAUUGGGACUUUAUUCAUUGCAGCGGGACUCGUGGCCUUAUUUAAAAUCAGGUCUAAUCUUCAAAAAGAUGGAACUAAAACUGACAAACUGGAAAGGCUGAUGGUCAAAAUCGGCGUCUUCUCAGUGCUGUACACCGUCCCAGCGACGUGUGUCAUCGCCUGUUAUUUCUACGAAAUCUCCAACUGGGCCAUUUUCCGCUAUUCGGCAGAUGAUUCCAAUAUGGCAGUGGAGAUGCUCAAAAUCUUCAUGUCCCUCCUGGUGGGUAUUACGUCAGGUAUGUGGAUCUGGUCAGCCAAAACUCUGCACACAUGGCAGAAGUGCUCCAACAGACUGGUGAACUCAGGGAAAGUGAAACGGGAGAAGAGAGCAGAUGGUUGGGUGAAACCUGGGAAAGGGAACGAGACCGUGGUAUGAGAAAAGGACGACACCCAGAUGGUCUGACUGCUCUCCCGUGAAGGAUUGACCACGUGUAAGCAUUGCUGUGUAAAUGUGGGGAGUAGAGUAGGGAGACGGUUACACAACCUGUCUCUGGGGGAUGGAAGAAAAAGCCUUAAAGAAUAAACAGCAAAAAAUCAU